AUGGUUCUACAUCACAUGUUCAUUUCCCAAACAACCCCGCGACCAACGCCUGCAGCCUGGAGAGUGCCAGCUGUUGGUCGCGCAACAUGUCUUCCUGACGACGCAAUGGGAAACUUACAUCCUGUGAGCCUUGUCGCAAAGACAAGAUCGCAACAGCAUGCUGGUACUGGGCAUGCCUCGGAGAGCCGAAUCACAAGCCGCAGGCUUGAUUCCCGCAUAUGUGUUCCUUUACAUGCCGGAUAUUUGGGACCCAUAAAUUCCAUCACCAUUACCGAAGAUGACGAUGGAAUCAACUUGCAUGGUCACUCAGAAGGGUCUGAGGCUCAGUCUAGCAGUUUCAGCUGCUUUAACUCUUCCCAGGGAAGUGGAGGAGCUUUGGAGUGCCUGUGA